AUGUAUCUGGCGGAGGAUCAGCUGGACCUAAUCGAGAAGGAGAAGGUCACGCCGCCGCAAUCUCCAGACUGCCCUCGGCGCCGCUCAGAUGAUCGUCUCCAAGCGUCACCGUUUCCAAUAGGCGCCUCCUCUCUCUCUCAGGGCGCGAACUCAAAGGCCGCUGGACCUGCGCGAUUAUCCACGUCAUUGAGCUUAAAAUCACGUCCACAACCUGUAAAGUCGCCUCGCAACGGACACCCAGCCGCGGACGGCUCCCUUGAACCUUCCGCCUCUGUUUUCGACAACACCGAGCUCGCGCUGCACACCGACUGGCUCUUCUUUCUCCCAUGGAAUAUCCUUGUCUCGGCUUCCUUCCAGCUCCUCAAGUCGCCCACUUCAUCAACGUCCAAGGCAGCCCUCCAAUCGACAGUUCAUCUCCAGGUCGUUGACUCUCUGAGCUCUACCACUACCCGCCUUCGCGCAAGUCUUCCGCGCACGUCCCCCAAGCUCGCGAGCGUAUUCAACGAUUCACAGCCGCCACGACCUACGAUGGAAGCCUCAACACCGCGCAACCCGGUUUCAGUCGCCAUACUCCGUCUCCUCAUCAUCGCCACUCCUCCACCGAAUGAUCUUCCGAAGGCGGCGUGGUAG